GGCGGCGGAAGCGAAACGAGCCGCCUCCGCCGGCGGAAGCCGGAGGAAGGGCGGCGGAAGCCUCGACGGCUCAAGACGGUUACGUCGCAGCGACGGUCGUGCCAGGUCGCAAGUCCUGGCCAGUGCUUGCCCCCAGUCGGCCGCGCCAUGUCGGCUGCAGGACGCCGUGGUGGGGGAGUGCCUUGCUGAUCACUGCGAGGUGAGCGUUCGCGGGGUGCCCGACCCGCGAGGACGGCAACACUGCUCUGGGACUGAGGUGGUUGCUGGAAAGAGGGCGUACGGGCGAUGCGUGGCAAGCGUGCCCUGAGACGUGCAGCGAGGCUCGCGCUGUUGGUGGGAGCGGCAUGGUAUCGUGGACAAAAGAUCACGCGGGCCACAGCCGCACAGUUAGUCACUCCAGAGAUUCUGCACGAGGCGGCCCAACGGCCACAUCGAGCUGAUGAUAGCACGCUGGAAAAAGUGAGGAGGGAGAGUGACCAGCUGGAGCAGAGGGCCGCGUGGAAGCAAAGAACGCUGAAGGUGUGGAGUUUCAACGUGGAGUCGCUGCGCAGGGUGGGUCGUUUGGACGAAUUAUUAGAAUUGGCAAGGAAGGAGGAAGUGGUCAUCUUCACCAUGCAGGGCACGCGGAUGGACCUGGGCAAGACAUGGCAGUCGGGAGCAUUGGAGGUGCACUCGCUGGCGAGAUCGGGACGCGGCCAGCGUGAUGGGUGCCUCACGGCCAUCAAUAUGAAGUUAUUCCAGAAGGGUGAGGUCAGGUGUGAGCACGCUUGGAUGGAGGGAAAACUGCAGGGAGCUCGGCUCAGGAACCCGCGCAACAAGAGGCUCGGGCGGGACAUCUAUGUGCUGAAUGGCUACUCGCCCACGAAUGAGGCGGGCCAUGUGCCCAAAGGAGUUGAAGCAAUGGAGUAUCGUGAGAAGCACCUAGAGAAAAGAGAUUUGUUAUGGCAGAUAUGCCGUCGAGCCGUGGGUCAGGUUCCUGCUCGCUCGUCGCUCAGAUUCACACUGGGCGCCAACGCACACGUCCCACCGUUGCUGCCUUGGGUAGGUUUUGCAGGUGCGCGUCGGUCGGGCCCCUCGAUCAAUGGCAACGGCCACGCGAUGAUGGACUUGAUGGAGGACUACGGGCUGAUGGCACUCAACGCGUUCGGCAAGCGAGGACGAUUCAAUGGCACGUGGAGGAGCCCGCAAGGUACAUGGACGACGAUUGACUAUGUGUUGGUGCGCAGGCGGGGCGGAUACGGACACUCAAGCUCCCCUCGUGCUGACCUACCUGUCAACCUGGGCGGCUACAGGGACCACAGGCCGCUGGAGUCUCGAAUCUUCGCGGGUGUGAAGGCAAAGACAGUGAAGGAUGCAGGCAGACACAGAUGGCGUCGAGAGCUCAUGGUCGCGGACGUGCUCAAGGCGCAGCAGGCGGAGGAGGACCCCGACAACCAGGUGCCGCCCCCCAACCGCGUGCUCAACUUUCGGGCGAAGGUUCAGGAAGGGAUCGUGGCGAAAGGGCUUCAGGAGGACUGGUCCGACAUCUGCGGCACUGGCAGGCGAUAUGAGUCCCCCACUGAGUACUUCAAUGAGCUGGAGGGCGUGGUGAUCGAGGCGGCGCUGCAGGACUAUAUUUCACCACCGGUGACGAGACGAGCAGGCGGGCCAGUGUUCAGCGACCAGACGGUUCGACUGAUCAAGGCAAAGCACUACUGGCAGUAUCAGCUUGCAGCUACUACUGACGGUGCUCGGUGGAUGCGGGCCCAGUUCCAGGCGCGCUUCAAUGAGGCGGCGAAGCAGGCGACGGCGGUGAUCAGGAGUGAGAAGCGGCAGCGGACGGCGGCGCUAGCAGACGAGGCGGAGCGAGCGGCAGGUCAGAGGAACUUGCGGAGGCUCCACGCCAUUGUGAAUAAGUUGCCCCCGAAGCCAGCGGCGCCAAUCAUGACAGCGAAGGACCCGAACACUGGGCUACCGUGUUUCGACGCUGAGGACGACCAGAGAGUGCGUAUUCAGAGCACCUGCGACGUGUGUGACGGCACAGCGAUGAGCCUUGAUGAGCGGCCUCUUCAUGCUGGCAGGAAGGAACGCGAUGACGACAGGACCGGCAGCUAUGGCCAUGCGGAGGUGAAGGAGAGCAUCAUGGAAUUGCCGAACAUGAAGGGGGGGACCUAUGCUGCAGUGGCCUACGAGGGGGCGCUGGGCGACGCACCCCAGAGGUUCAAGGAUGGCGAGACUAUGCAGUUGAGGAAACCCAAGGGCGACGGCUGCACGGCAUCGACGGACUACCGCACCAUCAACUUGAUCAACUACGUCGGCAAGGCGCACGCCAGAGAGCUCCAUGAGGGCAUGUGCUACCUGUUCCGUGAUGUUACCACCCAUGUGCCAGUUGCUCGGAUAUGGGUCAAGCAAGGUGUGCGACAGGGCGGGGUUGAGAGUCCAGGCCUAGUUGUGGCGGUCUAUGACGGGAUUGCAUAUCGGAUUAUGGAUCAACUGCAACAGUUGGAGCAUCCAGCCAUCAAGGUGCACUGCGACCCCACGCUCAAGAGGACCAGGUGCAACGACAGCUUGACUGAGGAAGAGUGCGAGGGUGAGACCAAGGCUGGCGGCAUGAGAGUCAACGGGAGGAAGGCCGAGAUACUGCUCACGCCGUCGGGGGUCGGCAGUAAGAGAUGGUUGAGACAUAUUCGAGCGCGUACUACGGGCAUAAAGACGUGGGAAGACGAUGACUACUUCCCGUUGCACCCUCAGCCGACGGUCAAGUACUUCGGGGUGCCACUGGCGGCGACGGGCACCCACCAAGCAGAGGUCGCGAACCGCGUCGAGGCAGCUAACUCUACUAAUGCCCGUCUGAUACGCUGUGCGUUCAAGAGUGGGUUCAGUACAAAGUUGAAGAUCCGAUUGUGGAAGGCACUGGUCCGCUGGGUGCGCUUGCACUGCCUGGAGGUCGCACACCACGCCAAGCGGGAGCUGGACAAGUUGGAGAGCUGGCACGUGAAGAAGCUUCGUGGAUUGUUGAAUUCGCCAGCCCACCUGUACAAGACUACCAACCGUGAGAUCAGGAAGCGGGCCCGUGCGCCGACUGUUACGAGCACACUGUUACUGAGAAGGUUGAGGUGGUGGCGACAAGUGUUGAGGCCUGCCUUCAGGGAGCUAAACGAGGACUUGUACGAUCCGACGCUGGCGGUCAGGGCGGCCAUCUUCGGUCGAUUCUCGUUUGAGUGGAACGGCCAGGGGGGGCAAUCUGGCAUGCUGACUCUGCUGCUGGACGACAUGCGGCAGAUGUGGCAGACCGGGAACGAGCAGGAGAAACUCACUGCCCGUCAGCUCUUUCAGCUUCGCGGCGACAUACCUGAGCUGGCCGAGCCGUGGCUGCGCUGGCUCGCAGACCUUGAGCCGCGCUGCCUUCGCCGCGUGCUGACUUAUGGCGGCGAGACGGACGCUGUAACUGAUGUUGCAGCCAUCCUGUGGCUGGAGCGCGACGUGCGUGGUCAAAAAUGCAAGGGGGGAAAGGGGCUAGCCAACCACAAGCAUGCCGCUCAUAAGGUGCAUGCAAACCCAGCAGCUGAAGCCCUCACGGACACGGUGAGGCUCAAUCCAGACAUGCAGAACUUCCAGCGCCCGCAGCCCCCUCUGUCGAGCUCGCCCCAGCUGCUGCCGGCGAUGUUCCAGCCGAGCAGCGAGGGGCAGGCGAUGGCGGGCAGCUGCGCCAAUUUGAGGACGGCGGUCGAGACAAGGAUCGGGGGCGAGGGCAUGGGCGACCAGCCCGACAUAGUGGGCAUCCUGGGCGCGGCGCUCGGCAGCUUGGCCCAGCAGCGCGAGGACAUGGCGAGGGCGGCACAACGCGACAAUUUCGUGAUCCCACCCAAGCCGUCGCAGAAGAUGGCGAUCAUACUCGACCAGGCACUGGCGCACUGCUCAGAUGAGGGCGCCAAGGCCAUGGUGAGGGUGAAGGAGAUGGAGGUCUUCCUGGGCAACCUGAUCGGCACGCGGCCAGACGCGAAGGCACAUGUCCUGUUCCGCGCGGAGGAGGCCGUGGAGGGCAUGGAGGAGGCGGUGCUGGUGGCCGCCGCACCGGACGAGCUCCUGCGCUACGGGACGAUGGUGCAGGACCAGCGGCUAAAGUUCGUGGCGACGAGGUGCAUCAAGGUGAUGACCAAGAACGAGGGAGUGGCCCUCGUAGAGGGCGAGUGCAAAUGGAUCUUCGCGGUGAACCACUACCUGGAUUUGAAGGGGGCGCUGGAGUAGGCGCUGAAGAUGGUGAUGGCCGCAGCGGGCGUGAGCCCCCACCCAGUACGACAUGGCGACGAGGUCGAAGAUGGCCAAAGGGGUGGAGUCGUCGGCGCUCAAGGGCGGCAAGGGGGCUCAGGACUGAGGACGGCCUCCUCAGCACCGACGUCGUUCCGUGAGGUGCAAGGCUUUGCCGUUGACGCCGAGAACCUUCCCUCUUCCUCCUCCUCUCCGUUCGACCUCCCUCUCCCACCCCCCACCUCACAGACACAGCUC